AUGGAUCACUCAAUCCAACGUCUGUUGAAUGACAAACUAUACGAUCGGAGGAAACAAGGGGCCUUGGAGCUCGAGAAAGUUGUCCGAGAUGCCGUCUUCAAAGGAGAGCAUGAGGAAAUCCAAAAAAUUGUGGAUCAGCUUUGCCAUGACUACGCCUACGCUGUGCACCAACCUCACGCGAGAAACGGUGGUUUGAUUGGGUUGGCCGCGGCUUCAAUAGCGCUCGGAUCUGAGGGAGUUGCACCUUAUCUGAAGGAAAUUGUUCCCCCAGUCUUAGCCUGUUUCUCCGACCAAGAUGCCCGAGUCCGAUAUUACGCUUGUGAGAGCAUGUACAACAUUUCUAAAGUCGCCAAAGGAGAGAUAUUACUGUUUUUUAAUGAUAUAUUCGAUGCGCUUAGCAAAUUAGCUUCUGAUUCGGAACUUUCAGUAAAAAAUGGCGCAGAGCUUCUCGAUAGACUUGUCAAGGACAUUGUUUCGGAGUCCGCAGCUUCCUAUAUUUCAGUCCUGCAGCUCUCUGAGAAGCAAAACGUGGACUCGGAGACCUUAGAGGAACCGGAGCUUCCAACCGCCUUUUCGCUUCAAAAAUUUAUUCCCUUAUUAAAGGAACGGAUACAUGUUAUCAGCGCGUUCACUCGCAUGUUCUUGGUAUCCUGGCUGACACUGUUGGACACGAUCCCAGACUUGGAACUUGUUUCAUAUUUGCCGGAAUUCUUAGGCGGGUUAAUUAAAUUUCUUGGUGACACAAACAGGGACGUAAACGUGGCCACUCAAGGUCUACUUGACCGGCUUCUUUCGGAAAUAAAGAGAAUCGCACGGCUUAAAAAAGGGAUCGAUGAAAGUCGGAAAGGGCAAGGAAGCGAUAUCAGACAAUCGGCUACAAGUGACAACGCCAGCACAACAACAGCUCAGACUGUUGCUGUUGAGACAGAGAAUAAUGAGAACGCCGUUGAAGAUUCGGGAUCCGAAUCUGCCAUUGACGAGGAUGGAUUGCACGUCGACGGGGAUUGGAUCCCCGGGCAGGAUGUCCAAAUCGAUCACGCCAAGAUACUGGAUAUUCUCGUAGGCUUUGUCGAUACCUCUUUCGAUGAGGAGAUGCAACUAACUGCGCUGCGUUGGAUUGAUAACUUCUUCGAAAUCAGCCCCGAAGACAUACUACCUUUCGUCCCACGUCUUUUGACGCAGGUGCUCCCAGCAAUGUCCAGUGGAUCGGAUCAAGUACGGCAGGCUGCGAACCGAGUAAAUACAUCUUUGCUGGAAUACAUCGUUACUUUGUCGGAAGAGCCGUCGGACGAGUCGCAACAAGCUACAUCCGCGAAGCCGACCCCUUCAUCUAGUAGAGAAUCCGUGGAAAGAAGGUCAUCUACCACCAGCAGCAAACUUACUGAUGUGCCAACGGCCGACUCGAGGAAGCAGUCUGUCCAGCCGGAAUCUUCAACCGAGCAAACCCCACGAAGCAGCAUCGUAUCUACGCCAGCACCGGUGCCGCCUGCAGAUCUCGAUUAUGCCGCGGCUGUUAACUCUCUCACCCUGCAGUUUUUAAAUGAGAACGAGGCUACCAGGGUGGCCGCCCUCUCUUGGUUGAUAAUGCUGCAUCGGAAGGCGCCCAAAAAGGUGGUAGCAUUCAAUGACGGAACCUUUCCUGCGCUGCUCAAAACACUAUCCGAUCCUGCAGAAGCAGUUGUGACCAAGGACCUCCAACUCCUCUCUCAGAUCUCGAGGAAUAGUGAAGACAGCUAUUUCAAAUCGUUCAUGGUUAACCUGCUUCAACUAUUCUCCACGGACCGGAACCUACUUGAAGUCCGUGGCAACCUUAUUAUUAGGCAGCUCUGCAUGAAUCUAAGUCCAGAACGCAUAUAUCGAACCCUUGCUGACUGUCUGGAGAAAGAAGAGGAUAUUGAAUUCGCCAGUAUCAUGGUUCAAAACCUGAACAACAACCUGAUCACUGCGCCUGAGCUUUCAGAUCUCCGUAAACGGCUGCGGAAUCUAGAUUCAAAAGAGGGCCAAAUGUUUUUUGUGGCUCUGUUUAGGUCCUGGUGUCACAAUGCAGUGUCUACAUUUUCUUUAUGCCUCCUUGCUCAAGCCUAUGAGCAGGCAUAUAACCUUCUUCAAGUGUUUGCCGAGCUUGAAAUGACGGUUAACAUGCUAAUUCAAAUUGACAAGCUGGUCCAACUCUUGGAAUCCCCCGUGUUCACAUGUGAGUGUCCCAUUUCCGCCGAAUUCUUCCUUUCCAAGGCCGAUAUUAAACUGUGGCUAGACCUUCGCCUCCAGCUGCUGGAGCCAGAGAGAUACCCGUAUCUUUACAAAUGCCUUUACGGCGUUCUCAUGCUACUUCCGCAAAGUUCAGCCUUCGCGGCCCUGAAAAACCGCCUCAACAGCGUCAGUAACAUUGGACUUCUCCACACCGGGCCUCGACUCAGCAGCAAUACGGCCUCGAACUCGUCCUCAUCAUCUUACGACCGCUCCACAGGCAGCCGUCUCAAACGCGACGAGAACUCCAUCCGCUGGGUCGAGCUACUCGACAAAUUCAAGUCCGUCCAAGAGAAAGCCCGCCGGUCCCAAAGAGCCUCUCAACGCCCCUUCGACCCGGAGGGCUCCGGCUCCGGCUCUGGCCCGGGUUUCCAGAAUCCCUCGCUGGCUGCCGCUCUAUCUGCCGAUCAAGCCCGACACAGGGAAAAGACCCUACCUGAUACUCCUCGUGGCGGACCCGGAGGAGCCACCGGUACUGGGGGUGCAGGAGGUGCGAUUGUCAGCGGUGUUGAGGGUCGGGCGACUGCAGGGGAUUCGGCCCCUCAGAAGGGAGGGUCCAUUCUAGGUGGUUCUCAUCGACAUAAAUCCAGUCUUCCUAACCUGGGACGGUUGGGUAUUGGAGGAAAGAAGUUUAGACGAUGA